CCCACAAGUUCGCACACGUCUUCUCCACACUCCGCCUGAACCCUUCUUUCAUCUUGUCAAUGCCGGCCAUUGCCUAGGCGUACACUCAUUUCCGACGACGAUUGCCUUAAUAUGUUAUGACGUUUGCUUGCUUUGAGAUACCCCCAAUCACCACGUUGGAUUAUAUGUACGCUACGCGCUUUGAGAUACAAUCAUGAACACCCCAGUGAUACCACGGAAACCGCUUCCAGAGCCGGCACAGGCAUACUUCAAUGAUUCGGAUCAUUCGACUGCUACAUUCGGGUCGCAAUGGGCAGCACCUUCACCCCCUGGUCAACAAACGAAAGAUGCCAACACGGUCACCACUCUCCCACGUGAAGUUCCUUCACUUGACGAUAAGCCCGUUUACUCAGGAAGACGGUAUGGACUCGGAUGCGGUAUCUUUGCUGGUAUAAAAACAAGUACUUUUGGCUCGACACUCUCUCGUCACUUCAACAACUUUCUGCCACCACACCAAAGAUACUUCAACAACUACAUUAACCGCCGUACGCUACUCAUCAUGAUCGGCAUCACAUUUGCUUCCGUUCUUGCUCUCAUCAUCGGUCUUGCAGCAGGCUUGUCUAUCGGCUCCAACAACAAUGCUCUUCCCCCACCCAAGGGAGCCCAGACCACCGGCGAAAUGACCUUCUACAACCCUGCGCUUGGUGCUUGUGGUACUAAUCAUGGUGACGGGGACGCUGUCAUGGCCAUCUCACACGUCAUCUGGGACGAGAAUCAGGUCGGCCCUAACCCAAACACCAAUCCGCUAUGUGGCAAGAAGAUCCGAGCUCAUCGCAUCGACGAGAGGACCGGCAAGGACGCCAGCAUUAUGGUCACCAUCGUCGACAGGUGCGUUGGGUGCGAUCGUAACAAUAUCGACGUCAGUCCCGCCAUGUUCGCCAAGUUGGCUGAUAAAGACAAGGGCAGGGUCAACGUGGAGUGGUCCUGGGCGUGAGCGUCGUGACUUCUCUGUCUGGACAUGGUCGUGACUCAGGGUUGAGUCGACUGUGACACGUUACGACAUUACAUGGUACUCAUCAAAUCAUGCGGCAUAUAUUGCUCUCCAAUUUCACUGAGAC